CGUGCCUCGUGGCGUAUUGUCUCUUCGAUCGAGCAGAAGGAGGAGUCCAAAGGCUCAGAGGCACAUGUUGCUAUGAUCAAGACCUACCGCGCCAAGAUCGAGGAGGAGCUUGCCGAGAUCUGCCAGGAUAUCCUCAAGGUUUUGGAGGAUCACUUGAUCCCCAACGCCGAGUUGGGCGAGUCAAAGGUCUUCUAUCACAAGAUGAAGGGUGAUUAUCACCGUUACUUGGCCGAGUUCGCCACCGGCGACAAGCGCAAGGAUGCUUCUGACAAGUCUUUGGAGGCUUACAAGUCUGCCAGCGACGUUGCCAUCACUGAGCUCCCCCCUACUCACCCUAUCCGCCUUGGAUUGGCACUCAACUUCUCUGUCUUCUACUAUGAGAUCUUGAACUCCCCUGAUCGUGCUUGCCACUUGGCCAAACAGGCCUUCGAUGAUGCUAUCGCCGAGUUGGAUACCCUGAGCGAGGAGAGCUACAAGGAUUCCACAUUGAUCAUGCAACUCUUGAGAGACAAUUUGACCCUCUGGACCUCGGAUAUGCAAGAGGGUAAUUUUUUUUUUUUUUUUUUUUUUUUUUUUAAUACUUAA